AUCACAAUCUUGAAAGACUCGAUAGGCAAACCUUUCGACCUUCUUGCAAGUCCUGAUUCUCUGUUGGAGUGAUGGAUGCUAAAUGGACAAACUACAAUUCAUAUUUUGUUCAUUGACUAUAGUGUUCAUACUUCUCGGAUACUUACUAUUUUACUCUUAUUCUUUCCCCUCUUUGAUACUUGUUAAAUAGAAAGUUUGCUUCUUUCUUUUGCAACCUUUUUGAAUCUCCAAUUGUAAACAUUUCUUUUACUUGCUGGUGAUCAAGACAAUGAACUUCUUUUGCUUCAUUUGGUUUUUGCAUCAAAAUUCAACUUGUGGUGCUGCUAAAAAUGUUGGAACUGCUGCAAAACCUAAUGGCAUACUGCAUGAACCUGUACGUGCUGAUAGACCCAAUGCAUUCAGUAACAACAGCUCAUCUGUUCUCUCUUGCAUACAAACAGCAGUUAAUAUUCCUUCUCAAAGCAGAAAAAUUGAUGUUCCUCCUAAUAUGUUUUUGGGCUAG